AUGAAGAGCUCGAAGAAAACGAUCAUGGCACAAAGGACGGCUUUUCUAAUGCUUUUGAUACAGGGAACCUCCACUCUGGGUCUCGGCAUUCUCGUUGUCUUUUUCGCCACUUUAAUAGUGUUCACCUCUAUCCCGAUCUUUUCAACCCUAACAAACAUCUCGCUACUGCUUUGCGGUGUUCCUUAUGGUUGUAUAUAUCCUUUUGUGGUCCUAAUCACGACAAGACCCUAUCUCGGCUAUAUCAAAGGAUUGUUGUUUAAAAGUGUUCAAAUCAUCCAGGUUGCCACGAUUGGCACUUCAACAAUG